GUCAACUAUCAUUAUUUAUUAUUUUAAAUUAUUAUUAUUAUUACUAAUGAACUACUUUCGGUUAUGAGGUCAGGUGAUCUCAGUUUUCUAUACGGAUUAAUAUUGAUUUAUUUAAAUUACCUAUUUAUUUAUUGUAACAAAAUAAAAAGAAGAGAAUUUCUAGGGGAAGAAAAUAGAUGAGCUAGCGUAAUUUGGCAACUUAAAACGUCCUUGUUAAGGAAAGACCUUGGAGCAAAUAUGUUUCCUUUUCAGUUCGUAUUUAUCAAAGAUUUUCAGUUUGAAAUUCAAAUAAAGUCCUUUCGGAUUGAAAUUAAUGACGAAAUUGUCAAGUACGGGCUGUAAGAACGGAGAAGUGAUAAAGAAAAAACUGAUAACCUACCUUAUCAACAAAAUCUGAGAAUCUGCUGCUAGACAUUAGCGCCUCAGGCGCCAAUGUAGUGCUAGUAUACGUUUAAAUCAUGAAUAUCAUUUUAAGAGAACAUUCCUUUUUCGAUAAACUGUGAUAUACCUAGUUUCAAUCGUUUAAUUAGUUAUCGAGCCUACAAAUCGCCUUUAUUCUAAUUUCAUAUCAGACAUGGAACACUUAAUGGAUCGUUCAUACAUGUAAAUAUUGAAUACAACCUUCAGAAGUUGUUUUACAGUGCUUGACAGCAAUUAGCUCGUCUUUUUUAUUUUGUUAAUUAUUGAUUAAGUGAUUUUGAUUGUGUUGUGCAAUAUUCAAUGACUCAGGAAGUGGUUUAUUAUUAUUUAUAUUUUUCUUUUUAUCUAAAACCUAACCUCUACAUAUAUAUGUAGCUAAAAUUAUUUUCUUCGAAAAAUGUCUGAAGAUAAUGGAAAUAAUCCCUUUUACCAAUUGUUUGGUAACACUGAUGGGGAAAAUAGUACUCAAUCCGAAAAAUCACCGGAGAGAGGUGAUUCCGAACAAGAACAAAUUUCUCAAGAGAUCAAUAAAAUUGCUGAGGAUGUUUUUGGAAUCACCCUUCAAGAAAAUAAUGUUUCUUUAACAUCAGGCCGAGUAGGACAAUUAAUAUAUAUCGAAGGAACUCCAGCGAUUGUCGACAUUGACACGCUUAAGUUUUCUGUUUUCGAAAGGAUUUUACUCACUGAUCCUUCAAAACAUUUAAUUAAAAGCAAAGUGGUGAAACUGAGAAAUGAGAGAACUGAAGCUCAUGUCAUUCAAACUCAUAGUAUAUUAUAUUUAUUUGAAUGUUUCAAACGAUUGAACCAUUUGAUAAGAAGCAAAACAAACAAUCUUCCAAUAGAAACUUUAGAAAACUUGACUGCAUAUGUAGUGGAAAAUGUUUCCACUGCUCUCCGUCAACCCGCUUUAUUUGAAAUGCAAAAUAUUUAUAGACAGGUCAUUACACUCUAUGAACUAGAAGAAACUUCUGAAGUUACCAGUUUUAUUAAUGAGUUGGCCCAAUUAAUGUUAAACGAAGAUGAAGGAACUUUGUACGAUGCAUUUAGCCCUAUUUUAAAUGAAGUUCAUUUAGAUUUUUCUCGUGCCUUAGUUAUAAAUUUUCCCCGAUCUCAUUUUAUUUUGUUAAGUUCUUUCGUUUCCAUCCCAGCCCUGGCAGAGGUCGUUGUUACAUAUUCUAUGCCUGCUAAUACCGAAAGAGGAUUAGCUUACGCUGAGACACUAUUUGGAGUGAUACUUAAUCUAUCAUGUCUUCCAAAGACCGUGGAAGGAUUUAUCGAAUACUUUGAAAGCCCCUUAGAAGCUGCUCUGAAUGCAUUAGACAAUAAUCUAUGGACUGCCAUGGGGGAACUAUGUGAAAGGUUUCAUAGUCUUAUUGAACAGAUUCUUCGUGGUUCACCAAAUCUUAGGAAGAAAGUUCUUCAGUGGAUAGGAGGUUGUUUAGACUCCAACCUUCCUCGAGGUCGUAUCUCAGCAACUACAAGUUUAGGUCUACCUGGAGCGGUGGGAUGUGUCAGUGAUGGCUUCUCUAUAAAUCUGGCAUCAGUUCUAUUGAGGCUUUCGCAGCCUUUUGUUAAAGAUCAGAGAAAACUUCUCAAAAUUGAUCCUACAUAUCCUGCUUUUAAGGUGGACAGAACAAACAAAGAAGCGAUGGAUAAUGCUGGAGUUCAUUGCACGACUCUGCAUAACGAAACAUGUUUACAACCAACUGAAUCAGGAGAGAAGAAACCUCUUUCAACUGUUCCGUUCUCUUUUAUCACUGAAUGUUUUUUUCUUACUCAUAGAGCAUUAGACCUCAGCGUUCGGGUUUUACUUGAAAGAACUCAGCAAUUAUACCAGGAAAUAGGAAGGCUACAACGGGCCUUGAACGAGGCAAGAUCUCAACCUAGGGAGGAAAUAAUUGAAACAUUCCGAGAAAGAAUGGAAAUGGAAAUGUCCAGGUACCUGUGUAUGAGAUGCGCUCUUCUUGAACCAACGAUGGUGAGGAUGCUGGGACAGUUUGAAGUGGCUACAUCAGUUUGGCUGAUACAAGUGAUUCUCGACCCCGUUACAGAGGAGAGGAACUCUUAUACACCAGUAGUUCACCGGCAGCUGGCGUUCCCUCUGCCAGAAUACGGACCACCGAUACUCAAGUGUAUACCUGAGUUGGUUGUGGAAAGUGUUGCAUGGUAUUUGAAGUUGGUGAAGUCUUACUCACCACAAUCACUCGAGGAGGGUGGUCUUGCUCUGAUGGAGCCACUUCUGUCGCUGCUGCUGGUCAUGAUGGGAUCAAAAAGACGAGCUAGCAAUCCUCACCUCCGCGCAGAACUAGCUCAAUCCCUCGAAUGCCUUCUUCCAAGAGAUCAGGGGCAGGUUCCUACUCUCGACCCGAAUCCUCUGGGUGUCUUCUACAGAGAAAGGCUUUUUAUUGACCAUCCUCACAAGACCCAGAUUGUUGUUUGCCUUAUAAAUGUUUUCGUCUCAAUUGAAAUGACUGGAGAGGGUGUUGCUUUCGAACAAAAAUUCAACUACAGGAGACCAAUGUAUACUGUAAUGGACUAUUUAUGGAAUAUAGAAGAACACAGAGACGUUUUUAAACAGCUCGCUCAAGAUGCGGAAAUAAACAUGGAAGAAGUCACCCCUCCUCUCUUCCUCAGAUUUCUCAACCUUCUGAUGAAUGAUGCCAUCUUUCUCCUUGAUGAAGCACUUUCUAAUAUGGCACAAUUGCGUACUCUUCAAACAGCCAGGGACGCAGGAGAAUGGGAAAGGCUGCCCCUAGAUGAGAGAGAUCGAAAUGAACAUAUAUUUAGGCAGAUAGGAAUGACAGCGAGGUUUGAUAAUAUUCUAGGCCAAGAAACGAUACACACGUUGGAAUAUAUGAGCUCAGAAAUUAAGUCGAUAUUUUGCCAUCCGAUGAUGGUGGAAAGGAUUACUGCUAUGCUCAAUUAUUUUUUGUAUCAUUUGGUCGGACCUAACAAGAAAAAUUUGAAGGUAAAAGAUCACGAAGAGUAUAUGUUUAACCCUGGUGCGAUAGUCAAAGACAUUUGUGGUAUUUAUAUUCAUUUAGGUUCUAGUACUGAAUUUUGCUCAGCUGUUUCUAAGGACGGCCGUUCAUACAGCCCUCAACUAUUUACGUUAGCAAGUGAUGUAUUGGUUCGUGUCGGUGGUGGUAUGGAAAUGGUAAUGGAACUUCAAAGAGUUUCCGAAGAAGUGGCCAGAUUGGCUUCUAUUCAGCAGGGCGACGAGGAACUUCUAUCUGAAGCACCAGAGGAAUUCCUCGACCCCAUUAUGUCUACGCUAAUGACGGACCCUGUUAUACUUCCUUCGUCAAGGGUUAACAUUGACAGGUCUACUAUUGCAAGACACUUGCUGAGUGAUCAAACAGAUCCUUUUAACAGAUCACCGUUAACAAUGAAUAUGGUGAAAUCGAACACCGAACUAAGGGAAAAGAUUGAAACUUGGAUAGCGGAAAGGAAGAGGCAAGCUUGUUCCUCGAGUAAACAAUGACAUUAUAAAUAUUUAUCUGUAACAUGUUGUACAUUACAAGUAAAUAAUAAAUUAAUAUUUAUAUAGCAAAAUAUAAUAAUUUUAUUCAAUUUACAUCAUUAAAUAACAAAUAUAUUAUUUUAAAUGUU